AUGAGCGCCGCUGUCGCGCCUCAGGAAGACACCUUUUGGAAUCAUUGUCCUGAUAAAGACAAUUUCAAUUCGGACGAGCGCUUUCAUGACUGUGAAUGCACGAGAGAUGGGAAGCCAUGGUUCGACUGGUUCGACUGGGGUCAGGACGGAAAGAAAACCUGCACCGUCGUUGUCACGCAAACAGUUGGUGGUGGCGAGACGAUCCCCGGGAUCCCAUAUCCCGUCACUCCCGGGUGCGAUCAGAACGGUCACUGCACCGUGACCGUCACAGAAACAGUGGGCCAGGGCGGAAAUCCAGGCUUUCCUUACACAACAACGCAGCAACCAGGCUUCCCCUUAACGACAGAGACGCAACCUGGGUUCACCCAGCCGACACAGACGUUCGGCAACCCAACACAAACAAUCGGGCAGCCGUUCCCGACCCUGACCAGCAGCCUGGUCUCGUCCGUCGUCUCGUCCGCCUUCUCGAGCGUCUCAUCAAUCGAGUCCCACGCUAGCUCACAGAUCUCAUCCAUUUACUCGCAAGGCAGCUCACAGCUCAGCAGCCUCACGUCGAAGCUCGGAACGGCGACGGGCAAUGACCGUUCAAGCAUCACCUCGGAGAUCGGGCGCUUGACCAGCUCUAUCGCUUCAAGAGCCAGUUCCAUCAACAGUGAGGCGCGUUCCUCGAUUUUCCGUACUGCGGCUGCUCCCCUCCAGACGGUAGGAGUGGCCAUGGGGGCCUUGUUUGGGGGUGCUGCUGUGUUGGCCAAUAUGUGA